AUGGCGUUGACAGUUAACAAUGACUCACGAAUCGUUUCAAACGAAAAUAAUAUUAUCAUAGAAUCCUCAAAUAGUAAUAGUAACAAUUUACAAGUAUCUUUAACAGAUAACUUAAAGAUAACGUCAAGAUUUUAUCAAAGAAAUCUAAUUAAUUAUUUAAGAGAAUGUUUAAAUUCAUUAAGUGAUAUAAUUGAAAAUAAUUCAUUUUUUUAUGAUUCUCGAGCUGAAGAAUUUCAAAAAGAAAUUAAAAGAUUAAAAAAUAAAAUAUCAGAUAGAGAAAAAAAUGGGAAUUUAUUGAAUUUAAAUGUUUGUCUUAUUGGUAAUACUGGUUCUGGAAAAUCAUCACUUAUAAAUGCGUUAAUUAAUCAUCAAAUAAUGCCAACAGAUGGAUCUGGCGAAGCAUGCACAACAUUUCUCUGGAAGAUAUUUUAUAAUGAUAAUAAUACGUUAGAUAAUGAAUUUAUAGCUGAAGUUUAUGUUAAAAGCUUUGAAGAAUAUCAAGGAGAAGUCAAACGAGCAUUUGAAUUAUUAAGUGAACCAUAUAAUGAAAAACAAGAAAUUAAUUCUCAAAUUUUAUCAAAAAGGAAUGAAGCUGAGAAAUUACUUGAAACAUUAUUUGGUCCAAAGAUGCCAAACGACAAAAAUAAUAAAGAAAUUGAAUUUGGACCAAAAAGGGUGACCAAAGAAAUGGCAAUGACAGAUAGAUUUAUACAAGAACAUCUUAAAAUUCAAAUUCAUGAAAUAGCUAGAUCUAAUGUUAAAGGUUUUGUGAAAUCAUUAAAAAAAUUUCUUGUACCAAAAAGAAGUGAUGAAAGAAGGUCAUUACCUACAUUUAGUGGGGAUUCUAAUAAUAUACCAUAUUGGCCUUUUGUUAAAGAGAUUCAUAUUCAAGGGCCUUUUGAAGUAUUGAAAAAUGGUGUAGUAUUGGUUGAUGUGCCCGGUAAUGGAGAUGUUAAUGAAGUUAGAAAUCAAAUUGCCAAAAAUGUUUUAGAUAUUACGGAUCAUAUUUGGAUAGUUAGUGAUAUCAAAAGAGCUAUGAGUGAAAAAAAUACCACUAAUAUUCUUAGUGAAAGCCUUCGUGAUCAGCUUAAAAUGACUGGAAAAUAUUUAUCGCGAACUUUUAUUUGUACAAAUUCCGAUAAUAUAACUCUUGAUGAUUCCGAUGAUUCAGAUUUAGAUGAUGAAUUAACAAAAGAGGAAGCAAAAUUAAAAAAAGAUAUCAAAAUUAUUGAGAAUGAAAUUAUAGAAUUGAAUGAUGAUAGUAAUGUUAGAAAAAACAUUUCAGUAACAAGAGAAAAAGUUAAUAAAUUAGAAAGAGAAUCCGAAGGAAAGAAAAAACGAUUGAAAGAAAUUUCAAUGAUUUUAUCAAAACAAGCAACCGCUCGCGCUGCUAAUCUGCGUAACGACAAUGUUAAAAAGAAAAUUCUUAAAUUUGAAUCACAAUCUCAACAAAAGAAUUUAGAAUUCGUGGAAUAUGACACGAGCGCUCGUGAUUUGCAAGUUUUUACUGUUAGUUCAGUAGAAUAUAUGAAACUUAAAAACAUUAUGCGGAACGAUGAAAGAAGUCUUUUUCAAAGUGAAGAAGAUACAGAGAUUCCAAAACUGAUCAAUCAUUUAAAAGAAAUUAGCAAAAUCAAUAUUUUAAAUAAGAUAGAUAAUAUCAUUAAACAUAUAAAAGCAUUAAUAGAAUCAAUGCUAAGAUACACAGAUGAUAAUAUUUUAUUAGAAACACCUGAAAAAAGAAAGCAAGCAAAAGACAAAUUUAUUAAUGAAAGAGUCGAUUUAAUACAUAAUUAUAGACAUAUAGUAGAAAAUAUUAUCAAAGAAUAUUCAAAUGAAAUUGAUAAAUAUAUCAUACAAAGAAUGAAUGUUGUUGGUAAAAUUGAAGCUGAGAACAAAUGUACCACUAUUGUUACUAAUUAUGGGAAUUAUCUUCAUCAUAAAAUUUGGAAAGCUACUGUAAAAAGAAAUGGAUAUUAUAUUGAUAGUAACGGUGUACUUCACAAUUUCAAUGAAGAUUUGUUAUACCCAAUUGUAAAAUCUGUAACAAAUAACUGGUUUAUAGUAUUUAGUGAAAUGCCAAAGAGAUUAGUAGAACGACUUGAAACUCAAGUUGAUGAAGUAAUAAUAAAUUGUUUCAAUGCUAUUGAUGAAGAAAUUUUAGAAAUAUCACCAAAUAAAAAAAAAUAUAUCGAAAAAUUUCAAGCUGAAAUUAAGGAAAACAAAGAAUUGAAUAUGAAUACUGUUAAAGAAAAGAUCUUGAGUAAAAUCAAAGAAGUACAAAAUGAAUUACAAAAUGAAUUACAGAAUUCCAUGAAAGAAUCUAUGAAAGAUGCAUAUUCAAAUGCUAUAUUAGAAUCUGAUUGGCAAUCAAUGAAAUCAAAUUUAAGUAAUUAUGUUGCAACCAAUAAAUCGAAAAUAUUUGAAGAUACUAUAAAUGGAUUUAAGGAACAAAUUUUGAUAUCAAUUGAUAAUAUACAAGAAUAUAUUAUUGGUACUGUAUUUAUUACAUUAAAUGAAAAUAUUGAAAGUGAUUAUGCAUGUUUUUGGGAGAUUAGUAGACAAUCUAAUGUUAUAUCAGAAAGAAAGAAUAAUUUUAUUACAUUUGUUGAUGAAAUUGUUGGUAAAUUAAAUUUAAUUCAACAAAAUUUAAAAGAACAAUUAUCAAAAAAGGAAAAGAAUAGUGAAGAAGUUGCUUUCGUUAAAGGAAAAUCAAAGAGACAAGAAGUGAAAGUAGAAAAUUAUUGA